UUUUUUUCUCUACGGUAAGGUCGUUUAAACGCAGAGAGAGAGAGACUCCCAAAAUUCUAACGACCAGAUCGCGCAUUUCUACCAUCAAAUUGGCUCUCCGUUCAUGGCGUCAUUGCCGUAUGCAGAUGUGGAUUGUAGCCUGCGAGCUCUGGCCGGCAGGGCAGAGGGCUUCGGCCGGUUCUCUAUCGGCGGCCUUCACGGACCGAUCUAUUCCGUCACCUCCUUGGCCGAUGAUGGGCCUGGUUCACUUCGUGCAGGUUGCCGCAUAACAGAGCCCCUGUGGAUUGUUUUUCAAGUUUCAGGCACCAUUCAUCUUUCAUCUUACUUGAAUGUGUCAUCUUACAAAACGAUUGAUGGUCGUGGUCAACGGGUAAAACUCACAGGUAAAGGCUUGAGGCUGAAGGAUUGUGAACAUGUUAUCAUAUGCAACCUGGAGUUUGAAGGUGGUAGAGGGCAUGAUGUUGAUGGCAUCCAAAUAAAACCAAAUUCUAGGCAUAUAUGGAUAGACCGUUGCAGCCUGCGUGAUUAUGAUGAUGGACUUAUUGAUAUAACAAGACAAAGCACAGAUAUUACUGUUUCUAGAUGCUACUUUGCAGCACAUGACAAAACAAUGCUUGUUGGAGCUGAUCCGUCUCACAUUGGUGAUAGAUGCAUUAGAGUGACCAUUCACCACUGUUUCUUUGAUGGGACUAGGCAAAGACACCCUCGUGUUAGAUUUGGUAAAGUUCAUCUGUACAACAAUUACACAAGAAACUGGUGUGUAUAUGCUGUUUGUGCUAGUGUGGAAUCACAGAUAUACUCUCAAUGCAACAUCUAUGAAGCAGGAGAAAAGAAAAAAACUUUUGAAUAUUAUACAGAAAAGGCAGCAGACAAAGAAGAGGCAAGGUCUGGCCUACUGAAGUCUGAAGGGGACUUGUUCCUGAAUGGAGCUCAGGCCUGUGUGCUGACUGGGGUUGGUGAAGAAUGCAUGUUUUAUCCGAGCGAAUACUAUCCAACAUGGACCGUGGAAGCUGCAACAGAUUCCUUGAGAGCUGUUCUCCAAAUCUGUACUGGUUGGCAGUGUGUUCCAAGCCCACUAGAGCAACCAGUAGUUACUUAGAACAAAGAAAACCGAUGCCUCCUGUUUUGGAGUAUAUUUUACACACAAGCAACUAUUGAAUUCGAGAGCAUUCUUAGACUCUUCUUUUUGUAAGAGUCGGAGGAGAGUCAUAUUUUAUAUACAGUCUUUAUCCUAUGAUAUUCUAGUGGCAAAGAAGAAACCUAUAGUUAUUUUUUAGGCUCACCCUCAAGCAAUUGUGCAGCCUAUUGACUAAAAAAAGUUAAACACACAGGUACCUUUCUCACCUAAAAUAAUGAACUUUAUGGGUUUGCUAUUUGGAGCUUUGAUGGGAAUAACCCUGUGUAGUGUUACGCAUUAUAGAAAAUGUUACACAGUUAUUGUCAAGUGUUACAUGGAACUUAACAAUUCGUUGUUCAAAUAGCAAUUUUUUUU